UUUGAUAUGUAACAAAUUAAGAUUUUCGUUUGACAAAUAGAAACUGUCUCCAACUAAUUACAGUAUAUGGAAUGACUGGAUUCUAUCUGACUUGUUAGUUAGCAAUUCUACGCUAUGUAGCAAUAAUUACAAAUCCAGGGGUGCUUGUUAUAACAAAGACUAUCUAACGUCGUUGAAUAUGGAUUAAAACUCUAGGUACUGCACGGUAUAUGUCAAACGUAAUGAGGAUCAACAGGAGAAUUUCGUUGCUAACAUAAUGUCAAAUGAAAACUGUACCAACUCAUAGAGAAAGCUUCUAUAUGAUUUCAGCAAUGUGAUAUUGUGCUCCGGGUGCGCAAUUAAGGGGGCAUGUUGUAAAAUAGUGUCUGAACUUCAUUAUUUUACCUACCGUUUUUUUAUGAAUUAAAAUAUAUGGUUUUCGGGUGUGUCCGCGCGUGUGUAUGUUUCGCAGAUUGGAAGAGCCAACCAAAUGAUCAAUAGCCUACCUUAGAACCACUGUCAUAUUUUUUAGCUUCAAUCGUACAUCAUGAAAGUUAAGAAAGGAAGAAAAAAAAAUAACAUGCAUAUAAAAUUAUGCACGUUUUAAUUUGCCCCCUAAAGUAUAAGACACAUCAACGAAAGGGAACAAAGACAGAAGUAGACAACGAAAGUAUAAACGCAAUGUUUUUAAAAGAUUAACAUUUCGAAUAAGAAAGUCAGUCAAUUGAUAAUUAGAUCGUAAUCAAUGGUUUCCCCACUACUAGGUAUACAAUUAUGUAGAUAAAAGCUAGCUCCAUAGCAACCCAAACAUGCUCAGUUGUUGACAUUUCAGGCCAUGGAAAAACAGGAACAUGUUUCGUUUCCAGGAAUCUACAGAUUCCAACACUUUAGAUGUCACGUUUAUAUUUUGGUUUAGUGUACAACUCCAACCGCAUUGUCAUCUUCCUCGAGCGGACCUGCCAGAGUUACAAAAUCGAGACUCAUCAGACCAGGCAACAUUCUUCCAGUCUUCAACUGUCCAAUUUUGGUCUUCGGUUUGAUCAGCAUCUGGUGAAAAUGGAUCCAGUGGAUCGAUAUGGAAGAUAUGAAAGCGGUGGUCAGACAGAAGAGUGUUUUGGUCACUCAUUGCCUUGCAGCAAGAUUAAAGAGGAGGCUGAAGAAUGUGAAAUUCAGCAGAGCAGGUCAGCUGUAUCAUUUAGAGUGCAAACGUCCCAGGUUUCUCGAAACGAGGAUUCUGAUGAACUAGAUCAUUCAUUCGCUCGAGUCUCAGGCGUCCAUGGAGUUCCAGACCAAGAGAGUAGGCUUAAAAACAUGACAUAUCUCAGAGUAAAGGUGCUGCCUUCUCCAGUACUGGUCAAAGAGGAGUCUGAAGAAACCCCCCUUCAGCCAGAAGAUAAAGAGAAAUCUUUAAUUACUGUGAAGAAGGAAGAGAAUGAAGACUGGUUAAAGUCAGAUGAUGAGGAUGUUGUGAAAGUGACUGUGCCUUGGGAGGCAUUGGAAGCAUCACCACCAUCAUCAUGCUCAGAUACAGAGGACAGUGAGAUGGAAGGUGAUAGUGUGCGGGACUGUGAAAUCAAUGAGGAUGAUGUUUCAGGAGAAUUAAAGAUAGAAGAUUGCAGGAAGACAUCUUUACAAACAGAUAAGGAAGUUGAUGCUGUUGAUAUCAGUGAUGCGAAAGGGGUGAGCUCAUUCUACCCAUGCCCCCAUUGUGCUCUCGGCUUCACCAUAGAGCGCUUUUUUCACAGGCACCUCAAGAGGGACCAUCCUGAAGAGUACAUUUCCUUGCUGAAAUCUGGAAAAAUCAUGGCAACCCAAGCCACGUGUCCACAGUGUGGCAAGAGCUUCUCCAAUAAAUAUGUAAUGAAAACACAUCUGAGGAGUCACACAGGAGAGAAACCUUAUCACUGUGCAGAUUGUGGGAGAAACUAUGCAUUAGCUGAUUCACUGAGGAAACACAAGUGUGGGAAAGGAUUCCGAAGACAAUCCCAACUGAAUAGCUAUAAAAUGAUUAAAACAGUAGAACGACCAUAUAAAUGCUCUCAGUGUGGAAAAGGGUACAGAUUUCAACCCCAACUGACCAGCCAUGAAAUGAUCCAUGCAGGAGCGAGACCGUAUAAAUGCUCUCAGUGUGGGAAGGGAUACCAGAGACCAGGCCAUCUAAAAAGACAUCAAAUGACCCACACUGAAGAGAGGCCCUAUGGUUGUCUCAGGUGUAAGAAGUCAUUCUUCCGUCCGGAAACUCUCAAAGCACACCAGAAAACUCACACAGGAGAAAGGCCUUAUCAGUGCACUCAUUGUGACAAAUGUUUUGGCUUUUCCAGAGACCUUAAGAGACAUCAGGUGACACAUACAAGAGAGACACAUAGUGGAAAGAAGUCUGAUAUUUUGCACAGGUGUGAGACUGUUUCCGACAAACUAGAGGUUCAGAAAGCAUGCCAGAAAACGCGAAAAGAAAAGCCUAAACCUUUUAAGUGCUCUCAGUGUGACAAAUGUUUUGGCUUUUCCAGAGAUCUUACAAGACAUCAGUUGACACAUACAGGAGAGAAACCGUUCAGUUGCCCCCAGUGUGAAAAAUGUUUUGGUAGAAAAUGGGAAUUGACAUACCACCUACGGACACACAGCGGGGAGAAGCCUUACCACUGCUCUGAGUGUGGACAGAGUUUUAGCCUAAGGGGUAACUUUAUACGGCACCAGCAGAUUCACACUGGGAAGAAGACGUUUCACUGCACUCAGUGUGACAAGAGUUUCUUCAGAGCGGCACACCUAAAAACCCAUCUGCUCAUCCAUAGUGGAACCAAAACUCUGGUCUGCUCUAACUGUGGGAAAGGAUUUAACCAUGACGGUAACCUAAAACGUCACCAACAAUUCUGUAUUAAGAAGUUUGAGUAAAGAACAUACAAAUAUGUAAGACAAUACUGCCUCAUUAGAAGUCUGUUUUUCUUGUUAUAUUGUUUAGUUUAAAUUCAGACAACAGCAGGGCAGUAUUAUGCCCUAUAGUUACUUUCUAGUAGGUGCUGUGGAUAAUACUUGUUUAACCUUAUGUUAUCAGUUUUAAUUUUGUUCAUUUACCCGGAAGUGAGAGAUUCUUUUGUUUGCCUGUAAUUACAGCUUUGCCAGUCUAUUCAAGAAUGCAGAUCUCAGAAAAUUAUUUUAAGUGUUUGUUUAAUAAGCCCCCUGUCUAAUAAGAAUAAUGGAUAUACAGUGGGGAGAACAAGUAUUUGAUACACUGCCGAUUUUGCAGGUUUUCCCACUUACAAAGCAUCGA